CAACAAGUAGAAAUUGAUUUUGCAUUUUCUGGAAACGCAGAACUGUUUUUCAAUUCAAAUUCGCAGUAAAUAUGCCUUCUUUGUCCCUAAUUACUACAACAUUCAUUAUUUAACAUCAUGAAUGUGUUGGAAAAGGCAGAAAAAGCAUUAGAGUAUUUAAAAAACAACGAAGGAUCUGCUAAGGGCCAUGAGCUUCAAGCAGCAGCCGGGACGUUAGGGAGAUGUCUAGGAGCCCUUGGUAGUCGCCCAAAUUGCGCUAGACAUUAUGCAAAUUUAUUACAUACCGCGAUACCUACUUUGCUUGCUUUAGCAAGCAACAAUAGCGCUGAAGUUCGCCUAGUUGGUGAUGAAGCGCUGAACAGGGCUGUUGUGGGAGGUUUUGCAUUCCACUCUUACAAGACCAAUAUAAUUUUACAGAAUCUCAUCGACCACACCAAAAGUGCAAGAUGGGUACGCUCUGCAUUAGCUCGCGUAUGCCUCGGAGACUGCUGGCUUAGACCUGGCCCUGGCAAGAUUCGGUCCCAAGCUCAGAUCCUGUUCCCGAAACUAAGUCAGAUUGUGCAACAAACACAGGAAAUCCAACUUAUUUUGGAAGCUUUAGAGAACAACCUACCGAGGAUUUUGACAGCAUUGGUGGAAUAUACAACAGAUGAAGAGAUUUCAGAGUUGUCAAAGUCGCUACUGUCUCACGUCGAAUCAUCUGAGCCUGCCGUAAGAAGGGGGGUGUCAUCGUGCGUCGCUCAUCUGUGCUCCCACAGAGAAACGCUUCUCACCAGUGUACUGACUAAAGUUUAUGAUAAAUUGUGGCCAACUUCAUACGACAACGCGACAGUAAUGGGCUGGUUUUGUGUCAUCAAAGCCAUUUUUCAGUUAAACGAUCUAUCGAAAUUCACUGAAAACGAACAGUUCACUGUACAAGAUUAUUUAGAGCUAUACCUACUCUGCGUACACUAUAUAGAACAAACCGAAAACGACCACAACAUACAGAACGCGGUUACUGAAUGCCUGACUGUACUUCUAUCGCAAGCUUCUGGGGAAUAUAGGAAAGCUUUGGUUGAGAAACAUCCCAUCGCAAUAUCUUUGGAUGAGAUACAAGGCGGGAAAGGACAUAGGAGGAAUAUCAGUUCCACAAGUGUGAUAUCGGCACGGUACAUUCCGAGUCCAGGGUCGGAGCCUCGUGACCAGCUCGAGUUGUCGUUCAGGGGUGAACUGCAACUCGGCAGCUUACUACAACUCAACACGCCGAGUCUCAGCGUUGAUGAUUUAAGUAUACAGACGCCAGAUACGCCAGUAAGCGAAGCAGACAUUUAUCUGCCCUCAGCUGAAGAGCUGACCAAAGAAGUGUUAGAAAAGUUGCAAGAAUACGAAGAAGAACAAAAGAGCGAAGCGGGAGACCAAAUUGAUCACGCUGGGGUCGAAACUGCUUUUAAGAUAAAUAUUGGCAGUUCUAGUGAUGACGAUGUCCCUUUGAAAUACUGUUCAAGACUUCUCGCUUCUAAAUAUUUACUUGCCGGCAAUAAAGGCGAUUUAAUAUCAGACAGGUGUGUCAGAGUUUCUGUAAAGUCGACCGCAUUGAGUUGUCUCGCGGAAAUACUCCGAAUAUAUCCUCAAGCGAUCACCAUUUAUCUAGACAAAGACGCCGACGUCAAAAUACACAAUAUUUCUGGAUCAUCAGAGGGUACAGAUUCGAAUCAGGAUCACAUCAACGAUUUCAUAUUGGAAAGGAACGUAUGCUACCAAGAUUCGCUCACUGAUUCCUUGAGCCAGGACUUGCUCAACCGCAGCCUUGACAGUCAACCUUCAUCGCACCCUGUCUCGAAGAAGGAUAGUAAAUCUUUAGAGAAGUCACAAGAUAGCGUCGAACAAAAGAGCUCCUCCAAAGACGUGCAAAGUGCGAUUUUAGACAGCAAAGUGUUCGCGAAAAACGAUCUUAUUGCUAGCGAGAUAAGCGACAGUAUCCCAAACACUAAUAUGACGAACAGCAAUUUUACCACGAAUUCGAAUAUGACUGGGAGUAAUGACCCGACGACUGGUUAUCCUAUGUCCAGUAGUGGCGAUGUUUUAUCCUCCAGCAUCGAUUUGGAUAUGAAAUUCGAUCAUUUCGGGGAGUCUACAACGAAUUUGGAUAACUUAGAUGCGCUAAAAGACUUAGAGAAACGAGAGGAAAGAGUGAAAAGGCCAUUGAAACGUACUGACGAAGUUCACAGCAAAGACGCCCCCGACGGUUUAAUAGAAAAAAGCGUCAAAUGUGAGGAACUUUUGGACAACGAUAAAAGUUUCGAAUUCCAGCAUAUGUCCGAUGUUUUCGUUCUGUUGGAGGGCCACAAUGACCCUCAAAUCAGGGGGUUGGUUAGAUUGUGUAUUGGCAAUUAUUUGACCGCCGCUUUAAGCCUUUCCCAUGGCGAUUACCAUAGAUGGAGGAAUUUCAGCAGUCUACCUAAGGAUGUCAGUGAGCAUAUAAGUACUGAUAAAUUGGUGGCGAUUAUUCUGAAGGGUCUUUCAGACGAUAUACAUUCCACGGUUAACCAUACGCUCUCAAGUCUAAUAAACAUCACACCUGCCCUUUGCAAUAGCUUGCAUUGGCCCUUAGUAGGGGAUGCGUUGAACGCUCUAAUAACUGUCGAGAAUAACGGCUACUGGCUGUGCAGAGUCAACUUGUGUAAGCUGUACGAAAAGCUGCCGUAUGAGAAAUUGUUUAUGUUAUAUGAGAACUACCGUCACAAAGGUAAGAUGAUACUGGACGCCUUGGUACGCCUUCUAGGUGAUCCAGACCAAAAAGUGAGGAAUGCUGCGUCACAGACUAUAGCCAACAUAAUUUCAAAACUGUAUCCUUCAAGACGUCACACCCCCACCACGAUGGCAACGGAAAUAGCAAAGAGACACAGCGACCAUUUCAAUUUUGACCACAAGCAGUUGUCUCUAGAGUUAGUCAGAGAUAUGUACUUUUACAACGAACUGCCUCGGCAGUUCAAGAUUGGCGAGAUGUUGAAUGAGGGUAGUCUGAAAAUAUUCAUCGCCGAUUUGAUGUCUAAGCUGAUGACUUCAAAUUGUAAAUCUUAUUCGCAAGGUCUUAUGGAGACCCUCCAAGCGAUCUGUCGAAGAUACUCUCCAUGGAAGAAUCUAGAAGCGUAUUCCGAUCAAGGUAUACUGAGCUACUGUCUCGAUUGUUUGGACUAUUGCAAUGAAACAGUUACUGCCAGGACUGUGCUGUUGGAUCUGUGCGCGUUCGUUUAUCCAGUUGAGAUCCAUAACAUAAUGCGCCACAAAACUAACAAUCGAGAUAUAUUUGAACGCGACUCACAAUCUACCAAAGACAGAUGGUUGCAUCUAGACAAUGAAAAGGUCGCCAGUUUAGCCGAGAAGUUCCUGCAAGUUACGUUGAAGAUGUUGAACGUGCUAGUCCACUUGAUAGAAGAAGUUAAUCCUAAUGUACAUCUAAAUAAGAGUGGCAUUGCUUUACCCGGCAGUCCUGUCAGGAGGAAAACACAAGAUUCUAUACAGCGCAAAAGUGGCAAUUUGAAUGAGGCACUCGAUGAAAAAGGUUCCCUCAGGAAGAAACCUCCUAAUCCAGUGAACACUCUGAAGUCCAAUUUCGCUGGGCAUUUCUUCACGGAGCCUUUCUAUAUGAGGUUCUAUGAAAGCUUGAGGGCGACGUAUUCCAAUCAUAAGAUAAAUCUGGACCCCAAAUCCAGUAUGUUCCACGGAUUUCUGACCAUAGUUCUGAACUGCCUCGCGGUUCAACUAGAACUAGCUACAGAGAAAGAAUUCGGUGUCGUCACCGAAGAAAUCCUUUACUAUCUCAGAGUAAUUAUGCCACUAUGCCCUGACCUAACAGUAUACUGCAUUACUCAGCUGUUGAAAUGUCUGUUCGGCACUAAUUUGAUUAGUCAAUACUCAGAUCAUCUAAGUAUAGCCGAUAAACCUGAAGUUCCUGUGAGCAAAUGUUUCUAUAAGGAUGUUAUGUUGAUAAACGACUUCCACAUCCCUGAAGAACAUUCCAGAAGGAGUAGUGUUUGCUCUAACGCUAGUCAGAAGUUGUCUUUAGACAGUAAGAAUCCUAGGAUGAUAGCAGAGAAGCGGCUGCUAAUAAGCAUGGAGAAUUAUUCUAAGAAUACAACUGACAGAAAAUGGAGCACUAAUAAGAAGGAGUUGGAAAGGUAUAUAAGAUUGUUCGAACCGGUUGUUAUUCAGGCUUUAAAGAGUUACACGAUGCAAAACGACAUACCAUUGCAAUGCGCGGUACUGAGCUUGCUAAAUCAACUGUUGACGUUGCGCGUUAACUACUGCAUGCUCGACCACGACCAAGUGUUCAUUGGAUUCCUACUGAAGCAGUUAGAUUUAGUGGAACAGCACGAGAUUCCAAACUGCUGCGAUCUCGUGAAUAGUGUUUUGACAUUCCUCGUCCAGUUGUCAUCCUCAAAACAUCAUACAAAACAGUUAAUUGAAAUUCCUAAGUUAAUACAACUAUGCGACGGUCUCAUGGCGUCUGGUGCACACUCCGAAUGUAUAGCUGGUUUGGAACCGGUCGCUGUAAAGGUUUUCAGCAAUAUGGGAGGUGUAAGCAUAUUAGGCAGAGCUCAACAGCAAGAUGCUCAAGCUACCAAAGAGGUGCUAUUUUAUAUGCUUCAGAAGACUAUGCAUCAACGUAAGGUGCUAGACCUUGUGUCCUGCGUGCUAUCUCUGUCACAAGAGCAUCCUGAAUCCUACUACCGUUGGUCUGAACUAGCUUGCGAUACUCUGUUAAACCUACUCAGUCAAAGAUCGGUUGAAUUGGACUGCAGAGAGGCCAUCUCAUCAUUGGAAAGACUUUUGGACUCUGUCUAUAAAGAUGUGCUCUUAGAGCAAAGUAGAGUGGAGUUAGUACUCAAGAUCCUGUUUAAAGCGCCACCUGAUCAGAAAACAACACCUUACAAAAUGAAAUUGCGGUACCUAGCAAUAAUAAUGGUGUUGCUACGAAAAGUUCUAGUCUUGAUACCGGAGAGCGAAAUAUUACUCUCUAUAAACUACCUAAAAGCUACGUGCGUGUCACCGCAAUCCAUAUUCUUUAACGUGAAACUGGACGUAGAUCCGUUGAACGUGCAAAUUGUCAAUGAGAACUGCGCCAAUCUAUCGCCAGAUGUCAUUCUAGUCAGAUUCUUGUUCAAAACACUCACAUACGCCAUUGUCGAGAUGGAUUCGUGCCACGAAGCCAGCUGUUCCGAUUUCGACCGUAAAGAUGUUAGCGAUAGAGUUCAGAAUCACAGUUUGUUGUACGCAGUUUGUGUCAAUAUAAUCAUACAAGUUAAACAUAUGCUGCAUUUGACGAACGGUUGCCUAUUCCCACUGACCGCGAAGACGGCCCAAAGUCUUCUGCACAACGAACAGAGUGGACUAAACACCGGCCUCUACAGUCCCGAUGAGAACAUACCCCUGGACUUACUCAACUUGAUCUGCUUGAGAUCCGCGCACCGAGCGCCGUUGCUGACUGUACACUGGUCUCAUUUGUUGAUUAGACUGAAUUUCCUUUCCCACAAGUACUGGCAGAAGCUUAUCGGGUAUGCCAGAAAUCUACCGCUCAGUGCUCACAGUGGCGACACCAAACUGCUAUGCGCUGAUAUAUUGCAAAUUGCCUGCGUAAUGGCAUAUUGCGAAUAUUUCGUUGAAAAUGGCUUAUCUGAAGCGGUGCACUUGACAUGGCUACUAGUGAACCGGGUACACAUAUUAGUGCACCAAUACCACUCGGAGAUAGUGCAGAAAUUGAUAUGCAAAGUUCAACAGACGGGUGGCGCUUCUGGACUGUUGUUGCAAGCGGUCGCCGCUAGAUGUCAGACCUGUUUGAAGGACGAGUUUGCAUUAAAUACAUAUAAAAUUCUGUCUCUUUGUCACGAAAACCAAUCGGGAGCAUUGGUGUUUCUGAUAUGUCGGAUUAUUGGGAAAUUGGAGCCCGCGAUAGCCGUGAGAUUUUCAAAACUGGCCGUGGAUCGUUGCAAAAUGUUAAAGGAUAUGCCGAUUGAAAAGAUAAAUGUGCAGUUGGCCAAAGAGGAUGUGCAAGUCGCUUUAGAGCUGCUACAAAGAGAUAAAGUGCAUGUGCGCUAUUCGUCGUUAGUAUUAGAAUUAAACUCAUUGGCUUCAAGUGUGUUUGACCUGUCUCCUCUGGACCUGUCACAGGACAGAGCGAUCAAUCCGCAAUACAUUGUCACCACCAACGUCGACUCAAACUGGUUGUUGAACCAAGUCAAGACAAGGUGCUGCCAAGCAGAGUGUGCUUCACCUAAAGUACCUAAACACAAUGAGCUUGCUCUUCUCUUAUCCAAUUUGUCGAAAGAGGAUUUGACCAAUGUCAUGACGUGUCCGGAAUUCGAUAGAAAGCUUCUCAGCUCGUGUUUCAAAGUCGCGUGCGAUAAUUUCCUAAGAGAGUUUCUAAAUAACCUUUCUACUUACGAGACGAGAGAAGAGGAAAGAGACACAAUAAGAAGGCAGAGAGAAAUGGCGAAGUCGAAAGAAGAGAUGACGUCAUCGAUAGACAGCAACAAACUCAACGUAGUAAACACACUGCACGUAUUCAAAAAGAGUGACAACAAGGAGUCUAAAUCACAGUUCUUUAUCUCGAUAUCGGAAAAUGAAAUCAAAGAAAGAUUCGGCAAUUUAGAGCUUUCUGACGAUGAAGUAGAAUUGGUCUUGCCCGAUAUACCAGAACUGUAUCGAGUCGCUUUAACCACCUUCGACAAAUCUUUGACCGACGUAAUACGAUUAUUCCCCAAGCAGAAUCGGCCGCUCAGCCAAUCGGAAAACUUCAAUUUAAAUAUAGAACUGACCAUAGAUAGAUACACAAGACGAUGCCACCAAGUGUUUCAGGACAAACUGUUUUAUCAAGAGUUCGUGAUUUUGCAAACUAUAUUGUCUGGUCUAUUGAACGCUUUGGACAGAAUAUUGAGUACUGUCGACGAAGCGGAUUGCGAUUUGUUAGAAAAAUCUAUGGAAAACAUCUUACCAACAACUUUAACUAAAAACAUUGCGAUAUUCUGCGUCAUUUCAUUGCAGUACCUUUCGUUUUUGAUUAAGAAUAAAAGGAUUGUCGAAAGUCCAGUUCAGACGGAUGUUUCCUUUAGAGUGACAGCUUCGGUGGCGGAAAAUGUCGUCGUUGACAACGUCAUACAAAUGGUGAUGGAUAAUGUUGCUAACGCUUUGACGUUCGAUGAGAUGUGGACUGAGUUGAAUGUCGAUGGCAACGUGAAUAGGACGCAAUCGGCGAUUAGUUGCCUGUACGCUAUCGUCAAAUAUUUAGUCAAGGACACAAGACCUCUUAUCCUAAAACACUACAUGCAAAUGAGCGAUUCCGGUCCACAGCCGGAUCUAGUCAUAGUUGGUGACAAAUUAGUCACACUCAUAGAUUACUGGGAGCAGAAUAUGUGCGUUAGACAGACGGACUGUAUACCCAAGUGUUACAAGAAACCUGUGGAAACUUUGCUAGUCAGCUUGUCUAGGUUAGACAUAGUCAGCAAUAUAGCGUUGAUACCACCAAUAGCCUGGUCUUCUGUGGAAGUGAUAUCCAAAAACGAUCAGAUCCAAAAGAUAGAUCUACCCUUGCAAGCGUUGCAGGACAUGGAUGUCUUAGAGGCAUUUUUGUUCAGGGUCAACUUAAUUGGUUGGUCGUCGAAGAAGCAGUUCGAAGAGAUGUGGGUGGGUUUGCUCGGCGCCUUACAAGGCAACGGCACCCAUUGGGCCGUGCGAGGCAUCACCCAGUUGUUGAUAAAUACAGCGCCUCGAGUGAAAAGGCGAGGCGUAUUGCAUGUUCCUCGAGCCGAUCAUCAUGUUAGCGUUGGCAUGCAACGCCUCCGAAAUCUCCUAGUCGGCACGUCUGCGUACAGAAUAUUUGAUGCCGUCAAUCUGGAGAGGAUACCUCUCAUGAACGACGCAGGCGUCAGAUAUCACUACGCGCAGUUCAGCAUGGAGUAUUUGAAAUUAGCUUCUGAAAUAAGCGAGGAGGCAUCGUUCCGUGUUCGUCAACACAUUAAGAGAAUAAAGAAGUACAAAGAUAUUGACGUGAAUAGCUGUCUCCAAUUUCUUAUGGAUGUCACUUCACAAAUGCUCGAGCCAAAAGCGGACACGGGUAGUUGCGCUCGAGUAGCGCUCGUAUCGUCAGUAGCGCACGCUAGCGGGGGCGGUUCAUUCAGCGCCGCCUCGCAGUGGUGGUGGGCGGGCGCCUUGAUAGCUGCCACCACCGGCGCUGCACAUUCGCAUCUACAGCAAUAUAAUACGGCGGCGCGUGCAUUGUUGCAUGCGUUAUCGCUGUGCCUCGCAGCGCUGGAUACUGUCUGCAGUCCACUACAGGAACUAUCAUCGGUGCAUCAAAAGCUCCUCAAAUCUUUAUCGUCGAGCUACGCGCCUUUACGCCAGGCGGCAUUGCACGGGUGCUUGCUUCAACUGACGGCCAAGCCUUGGGCCGCACACCCAUCCGCGCACUGUCACGACUUGGUGACGCAGCUCAAUGUCGCCGUCAGGCAGUACCUAGCUCCCAACGCUAAAAUUUCUUUAUACGAGCAAAGCCUAUACUGGACAGUCUUAUUUACUCUAAUAGAACUUGGCCAUCCGGAUCUGAUUAAUAUAGCUGUCGAUUUUGUGCUAAAUAACCAGAGGCACUACUGUACUGAUUUGGUUGUUAGGGGAAUCACUAUUACGAUCAGACAGCAACUCCUACCGAAAGAUCUGAAGAAUACCGUGAUAGAGAAACUCCUGGAUAACAUGAAGAGCUACCGGGAAGACCACGCCAUUCAGAUAUUGCUGGUGCAUCUCUUCUCUGCGGACAACAAACUAUUAAGUCCGAAACUAGCCUCCGACGUCUCAAACAUGGAUCCAGACAUCUUAAUGAAUUCAAUGGAGCGCCUAACAUUACUAUACAAAUGUCUGCGCCAGUGUAAAUCUACGGAGAACAAAGCUAUAAUAGCGGACACUAUGAAAUACUUCCUGAGAGAAACUUUACCGCCGGCCGCGACUCUGAGCAGAGUUGUCAUAGAGUUUCUAGAGUGCUGCAAAGAGACAGAGAAGAUAAAGAUGGGCAUAGUGAACGACAGGGACAGAUGGAUCGAUUGCUCGGUGCUCAACGCGCAAAUUGUUUUUGAGGUCUUCGAAACAGCGGUGGCACAAGACCAAUUGCCGGUUCUGAGUGGAUGGAUAUUCGAAGCUCUCUGCCAUUUGUUGUCAGGGAAAAUAUCACCAAACCUAUUGCCGUAUUGCGUUCUCACACUGCUAGUAUCAGCUAGUUCGAACCGGUGUAUAAGGAAAAUGUACCCGCUAUGUUACCACGUGUUGAGACUAGGUUUCCACAAAUGUGUGGACUGGGGCGACGUUUGGGGUAUUUUCGCGGAGUUUUUGAGUAGGAACGGGGUGACCAUGUCGUUUACGGACCGGAGACUGAUGUGUGUGGUGGCAACACAUUCUAAUUUCAGCGGAUCUCAGUUGGAGCGACUUAAGGAGUUGUGCGAGAGUAGUGAAUGUUUAAACGAUUUGUUGCAGUGUCUUUCGUAGUCUGUUUAUAGUAUGAGUUCCCAUAUUACUAGGGCAUCGAACCUUUAAUGGAGGCCUUGUAAUAAAAAAUAUACGGCAACACUAUUUUAAUAAAACCGUGAUUUAGUGCAGUACCCCAAGCACGAACAACUAACGAUAAAGUAUUCGUAUCGCCUUGCUAAAGUUUCAAUGGAAAAAGCUUGUUUGUUUUUUCGUCCGGUAGGGGCGCUACUUCGUUUCCAUGGAAACUUGACGUUAUACGAAUACGGAUCUUUCAUAGUUCGUGCUUGAGGUACAUAAUGGCAGAAGAAACCAAGAUUAUGUGUGAAACACUUUUUAGGCUGUGUAUUUUAACAGCAUGGAUUAUAAUGAUUUUCGAAGCACAUCUAAUAUAUAAAAUUCUCUUGUCGCGGUGUUUGUGGUUAAACUCCUCCGAAAGGGCUUUCCCGAUUCUCAUAAAAUUUUGUGUGCAUAUUGUGUAGGUCUGAGAAUCGGACAACAUCUAUUUUUCAUCCCCCUAAAUGUUAAGGGUAAUCCACCCCUUAUUUUUAUUUUUUUCAAUUUUAGUUUUUUUUUAAUCUUAUUUAUGAUACAUCAUACAAAAAUACAUACAACCAUAAAUUUUCACCCUCUACCACCAAUCCCUAUUUUUUUUAGGGUGGUACGAAGUUCGCUGGGUCAGCUAGUUCAACUAUAUAAUACAAAGCUCUAUUUGUUUGUUAGUAAAUUUUAUUGCACCGGUCUGUUUUAUCAUGUUGUCACUACAAAAAUAUUACAUAUUUAAUAAUUAGCAAAUAUGCAGGUGUGGUUGACUAUAAAUAUAAUAUCACCUUAUUGUCCAAGUAGUCCGCUGUUAGAACGCAAAAUAAAAUAAAUCAGUACAAAUAUAUUGAAUUAUAAUUUGAAACGAUGAUAAAUUAUAGGGUACAAUAAUACGAGUAUAAAAUAGGGUUAUAUAAAUAUACAUUAUAGUAGUUGACUGAAGGUAGUUAGUUACACACAUAAUCGGGCCGGCAUUGAUCGCCACAGCCGAGCGGUAAAAUCGAAUUUGUGACGGUGAAUGUUCGGCAGGAAUUUGUGUAGCUUAGCUGCUCUCAUGAAUCUAAGAGGUUGCUUUGCUUAGAAUCUAAAAUAGAAACGGUUUUUCUAAUUCUCCUCAAAAUCAAAGUUAGUAAGGUCAAAAGCUUGUUGAAAUAAAAAAAAGGACUUCAUCAGAUUGAAGAGAAAAAUGCUGACUUACUGAAGAGGGUAGGCAAUACAUGCAGAAUUGUUGUCACGAAUAUUUAGUAUAUAUAUAUAUAUAUAUAUAUAUAUAUAUUCUUAUUUUGCGAUGGAUUCUAGUUCAGUACCCCAUGCAUGGAGGUAAGAGAUUAGGAGAACGAUCGCUGUAUAAAAUAGUGUCCCAGAAAUAUGGACAAAAUAAGUGAGGCGCUGCGAUAGCUAAGGUGGUCAAUAAAAGCGGGCUAAUUUAAAAUGACCAAUGGCGCGAAGAAAAUAUUCAACUAACUUCAUCUACUUGUGUGACUCAUAAGUGUGUGUACUCAUAAACGGUUAGCCGGUUAAGUAGUAUCUGUGAAGUUAGCUUCACAGAUACUACUUACCGACGGCAGCGCGGCUGGUGGCUGAAAAAUGAACUAUAAAUUCUACAAAUUUUCAGGGCAGGCGGGCUAAUGCUUUAGUACGUAGCGAUCGUUCUCCUUAUCUCUAACCUCCAUGAUCCCAAGCAUUAACUUUGACACAUCCUUAAUCGUAUCGCCAUCAUGAAAUUUUCUAUGGAAGCAGGCAGUUUGUUCUUACGUUCAGUAGGGGGUGUUGUUUAGUUUUCUGAAAGUUCGUGCUUGGGGUUACAGUUAUCUUACUAUUAGCAAAUUUAAUAUUAAUUUAAACCGUGCUUAUUUCAUGUGCAUUCAAUUGUAUAAUUAUAUUAUCCAUUAAACUGCUUUAGCAUCUCAUUUAAUAAGUAUUUUUUUUACACUGAUUAAAUGUUUUCUUGAACAUACAUUGGGAAUUUAGUUUAAAAUUCACUACUCUCUUUUAUGGUUAGGUAGUCAAAUAUUUUUAUUAAAUAGCAUAGCUUGUUAUUUUGUGUCUUUAAUUAGAGUUAAAAUUGUUAUAUAACAAUAAUUGUGGUGUAUGUUUUCACAAUUUUAUUUUAAAAGUAUAUACUUUGUUAGGUCAGUAUAUAGUGUUAACAGGGUUACAGAAAAAGUCGGCCUAGAUAUUUAAAGAUAUUUAUUUAGGUAAUUGUUGAUAGUUUUGACCCUAUGGUCUAAUGCCGAAAAGUUAACCGUUUUCCUUAAAUUUGGCUUUGUUUUUUUUCUUAAAAGUACAAUUCUUUGCUCUAAUUUUAUUUUAUCGCCUUUAAGACUGUUUUGUAGAAGAUAUGCUAGUCCAUAAAAAUAAAUAAUAAAACUUAAAAACUUCUAUCUUAAAGUGGCAGCUACUAGUAUUUAACUGUUUGAAUACAGAUGCAAAUUUUAUGUUUAUGACCUGGAAUGGGACAUUGGAUAGGAUUUUUGAUCCCGGAAGGAUGUUAGGUUCCUGAGGGAUUCUCAAAAAAACCAAAGGUAACGCGGACGAAAUCGCGGGCGGCUGCUAGUGAAGGAUAAUGUGGUGUCAGGCCAUAAAUAGUAAACGUUUAAAAAUAAACUGAAUGUCAAUUUUAAAACGGUUAACUUCUCAACAGUACGUCAUAGGGUCAAAUCUUUCAGCAAUGAUCUAAAUAAUAAAGUACCAUAACUAGAUGGACUUUUUCUGUAACUCUGUAUAGUAGUAGAGGUAGCAAUGUUAAACUGAGUAUUGAUGAGUAAAUUUAGAAAUAAAACGAAAGGUAAAUUAAUUAAAAAAUAUAGAGCAAAAUGUAGUGGGUUUAUAACACAGAAUAUUUAUUAUAUUUUUAUUAUUAAGCCUUCAACUGAUAACUCUGUAUGCGAAGGUUAUAUUUUUUUCUCCCAUUUCAUUUAAAUAAUCGCAAUGCUUCAGAAAACCAACACACUAUACGAAAUAACUAUCACUGAUAUGUGUUUUUUCUCCUAUGUAUGAACUGAUGUUUUUGUGAUAUUUUCUUAUAGUUAACUAUCUUAAAUUUAAUUUUGUAGAAAUAACAAUUGGCAAUUGUAAAAAUAUUCUAUGUGCUGAAAAAAGUGUGAUCUCUAGGAAGGUGGUUACCGUUGGUCGGAAAUACGACAGCAAUGCAAUCCUGCCACUGACAGAAAAAAAUGCUUUCUAUGGCACAUUUUUUUUGUAGAUUGGUUCGACAAAUGACUUCACCCCACCUGAUGUUAAGUGACGGUGAAGUCCAAACGCGAAGAUAGCUGAUACAGCAGCUCUACCUGCCGCACCAGCCAUCCUCACCCUGCUGGUCUGCAUGUUGCUUCUUCACGCCGUUUUUAAAGGAUCUCAGGUUGAAAGAAGGAGGGAACACGUGAGCGGGCAGAGCAUUCCAAUUAAUUGGCUGUUUAUAUCUCUAUCUAAAGAAAAUUCUAUCUAUUUCCAUGUAGAGUCAAUGUCAUGCGAGAGUUGCUGAGUCAUUCUCUCUGUCUGUGACGAUGAUUUUAGAUAACGCGUGAUAAUAAUGAUGGGGUUAAGUAAACGAAAUUCAGUCAGAGAGAUUAUUAAAAAUAAUUGGCACCUAUUAUUUCUUUUGUCAAUCAACGCACACAGCACGUUAAGUGUGGGAGUGGAGGCUCGUGACGUCACUUCUAAUCAAAAAAUGUACCAAGACGUGAGACGUCACGUCAUGCAACAAUUCAAAUAAAUAUAUGUUUGAAGAGUUUUAAUUAUGAGAGAAAAUACUAAAUAAAUUUUAUAAUUUAAUAAUUAUUUUUAUAAAAUCACUUACUGUCCUGACUUCUGCCAGCUUAAAUUUCACUAUCUAUAAAAUGUAUUUAAAGACAUAGAUGAAUGAUUGGUUUCGCUUCACUAGCGAGACCAAUCAUUUAUCUAUGUUUAAAGAUAUAAUUGAUGACAGAAACGAUAAUAUAAGUUUUGUAAUUUUUAUUCUUUACAAUUUCGAAAUUGCUUACCAGAGCUACCUUAGCUCGCCACUAUUUUUUCUAGCUUCAUUACGUCUUGGUAUCAACGACGCAUUAAGCAACUUUCGCGGUGGUCGGUCAUUGGAUAGGUGACCAAAAGUUUACUAACUCGAGCUCGUCCGUGCUUCGGAAAGCACGUUAAGCCGUUGGUCCCACCCACCAAUCCGCACUGAGCCCGCGUGAUGGGUCAUGGCCCAAUCUCCCUAUUCCAUCCAUAGGGAAGGCCUGUGCCCCAGCAGUGAGGACAUUAACAGGCUGAUGAUGCUGACCAACCACGAUGGAAUCAUAUACCUAAAUUGCCACGAGCUCCCUAGCUAUAAUUUUGUGUUAUAUAUUUAAAAUUGUCUUGUAGACACAGCCUUAUGAUAAUGUAAAGUUACGCUUACACUAUGUGGUGGUAUAUUGUAAAAUCAAAUGAGAAAUGAAGUCAAUUUAGGUCAUAUGCAACACUUUUUUUGGCGUCCACAUACAUUAUGCAUCACUAAACAUAAUGUACUUAUAAAGGACAUCGACGAAAUCGGCCCCAGCAUGCACAAUCGAAUGUCCUUCACUAUUAUUUUUUUACUUUAUUAGUAAUUAAUCAUAGUAAACGGACAUUGUGUUAUAAAAAUUAAAAAUUCUGUAACUAGGUACUAGACAAUUUGCUGUCAUUCAGUCCACAUACAUUAUGCAUCACUAAACAUAAUGUACUUAUAAAGGACAUCGACGAAAUCGGCACCAGCAUGCACAAUCGAAUGUCCUUCACUAUUAUUUUUUUACUUUAUUAGUAAUUAAUCAUAGUAAACGGACAUUGUGUUGUAAAAAUUAAAAAUUC